AUGCCAUCGACCUUCAUCGAUAUCCAACAUGCUGAUGCUCUAUCAGCUACCAAUAUACCACUUACCCCAGUCGUCAAACCUACCGCAAAUGCCGACCCGAAUCCUGCAAACACGAUUGAUAGUGACAUUGUGAGCACCGGCUCCGAUGGAACAGACACUACCGCGAACGAAAGAAGCUGCUGUUGCCAUCACGACGAUAGUGACUUGGAUCAUGGGUGCAUGCAUUACUGCGAGGCAGAAGCUGCUGUGGGCAGCCUCACAUGCACCAAAGUAAAGUCAAUCCUGAAGGAACCCUAUCCUGAUUGGGCCUCCAUUCGAAGCGAAGGCCCCUGGAAACGGCUGUCAGAGCCACAAUUGCCACUUGGGCCUGUCGAAGAGAAACCAAAAAGAGCUCGACACAAUCGAAGCGUAAGCUUCGAUUCGGUUAAACUACGCCAGUACAAUCAGACUCUUGGGGACAAUCCAUGUGUUCCGUAUGGGCCGCCCAUCCAAUUGGAUUGGAAGUACGAAGAGGAAGAGGUGGCCAUCCCUGUUGAUGAAUACGAAGGACGAGACCGAAAGUGGAAAUUUCGACAACAGAUGGUCAUGAACUGUCACAAAAGAAGGACUUUGCUGACAUUCUACUAUGGGUUCUCGGAAGAGGAAUUGAAACAAUCAGAAAAGUCAGUUCGCAAAAUCCAACGAUCGCGCUACUGGACACAAGCAUUGGAGCCAGUAAUCGUCUUGGAGGAUGCCGUUAGUAGUGCAGUUCAAAGGGCAAAGAAAUUCGUCCACAAGAGAAGGAAGCCACGAAGUAAUAGUGUCUAA